CGCCUUUGCCCCAAGAGGAAGGUACUAGCGACUUGUGCAAUAUCCCAGUCCAUGAUCUUUCAUUGUAUAACUAGCUCUAGCGCUGCGCAAGAAAGGUCUUCCAGUAAACAGUUUCAGAGUUCAGGUAUCGUAAGUGGACGCACAUCAUGCCUCUUGAAGUCCAUCGCAUAACCUCUCCCACCGACUUUGACGAGUUCGUCGCCAUACAGAUUGCUGCCUUCGCCAACGGCGGGGGUAUCACAUCUCUGCUCACGCCAAAUCCUAUCACAGAGGAGUAUGUCCAAAAGUCUGUCGGCAAGCACGUCAAGUCGUGGAGCGAAGAGAAAGAUGUUAUUUACCUCAAAGUCAUUGACACCGAUCUCGAUGGGAAAAUGAUUGCAGUCGCCAAAUGGCGCAUCAACGAGCAGGAGCGAAGUGAAGAAGAAGCCAAGAAGAUGUAUCCGGUACCCGACGAGAAAGACAAAGGACAACAAGGCUUGCUGGACUUCAUGGCCUUUCUUAGUCGAGUAAGGAAAGAAUACAUGGGAACAAAGCCUUUUUACUUUUUACACAUCCUCGCAACGCACCCAGACCAUUAUCGUAGGGGUGCAGGGGCCAUGCUGCUCGAUUGGGGUACCAGGCAAGCGGAUCGCGCAAGACUACCUGCCUUCUUGGAAUCGUCACCAAUGGGCAAGCCGUUAUAUGAGAGAAUGGGAUUCCAAGCCAAGGAGGGUAAGUCGCGACAAAUCAACUGCCUUCGGGACUGUCACUGACUUUGUGUUUUCGGCAUUGCAGUGGUAACGUGGGAUCUGACACACUAUGGGUUAGAAGGUACAGAUUACAGCACAGUGAUGCUUCGGGAGCCCAUU